GUGUUGGACGCUACCCCUCUCACUGCCUUUGGUACUUCGAGCAAGUCUGGAGGUGUCAACAAGAAGAGGCGUACGGCGAUUCCGGACAAGCCCAACUACAGCCUUAAUCUCUGGAGUAUCAUGAAGAAUUGCAUCGGUAAAGAACUUUCCAAGAUCCCCAUGCCGGUCAACUUCAACGAACCGCUCUCGAUGCUGCAGAGGCUGACGGAGGAUCUGGAGUACCACGAGCUGCUGGACAGAGCGGUCAAGUGCGAGAACGCCAUCGAGCAGAUGUGCUUUGUGGCCGCCUUCUCGGUGUCUUCCUACUCAACCACGGUCCAGCGGACCGCCAAGCCCUUCAACCCGCUCCUGGGCGAGACCUUCGAACUGGACCGCCUGGAAGAACUCGGCUUCCGAUCGCUCUGCGAGCAAGUGAGCCAUCACCCGCCAGCAGCUGCUCAUCACGUAUACUCCCGGCGAGGCUGGACGCUGUGGCAGGAGAUAACCAUCGCCAGCAAGUUCCGUGGCAAAUACCUUUCCAUCUUGCCCCUGGGUGAGUAAACGGAGUGGUGCGGCGGCCUAGAGGCGGAGCUCUCGCCUCACAAUCAGAA